AUGACCUCCUCUUACGAUAAUAUCCCUAACUAUACGUCUACAGCUUUUGCAAGUAAACACUUAGUGCUAAAUCAUCUUGGAGACGUGGCACACGGCGAAUACUCAAGAUUUAUGGAAAAGCUGAGCAACUCUGUUCCCAUGGCACAAAAUAUCAGUGACGAACUUUUAGAACCCAAAUCAAAUGAAUCCUCUCGUGACUCAGUGCAUUAUUCGUCCUCGCAGUGGAACUCACAUGGAAUCAACAUGUAUUUGGGUCCUUCUCAGGUAGGUGGCUCCUCUGAGAUGGCGACGCAUAUGCAUCAUGUGGGCUCUCCUAAUGUGAUUCAUCGUUCACAAAAUUCUCUUGGUUCAGUACUGUCUCUUUCGCCUACCCUUUCUAUGCCUAAGUCUAAUCAACGAAAAAUCUCAAAACCGAGGAUUACAACGAUUUACUGGGAGGCUGAAAGCACAACGUGUUUUCAAGUGAAAGCGGGCAAAGUGGUGGUUUCAAGGAGAGAAAAGGACGAUUAUGUGAAUGGUACAAAAUUACUUAAUGUUACGGGUAUGAGCCGGGGGAAGAGAGAUGGCUUAUUAAAAACUGAAAAAGGACGUAUCGUUGUCCGAAAUGGCCCAAUGAAUUUGAAAGGAGUUUGGAUUCCCUUUCAUCGUGCUUCUGAAAUUGCAAGGAAUGAAGGGGUUGAUCAGCUUCUAUACCCAUUGUUUGUUAGUAAUAUUAGAGAGUUUUAUCAAGUGCGUGGGCAAGAUCUUCGGCAAGAGAGUGCUUCGGACAACGAGGAAGUCAGCACAGCACCAGAAUCUUUUAUGGAUGCAGAUUUAUCUGCAAAUGACACUAAGACCCAUACGGGGGCUAUGCCGUUCUAUUUUCCAUAA